UCCUGCCGUACGAGCGGGCCAUGGCGGCUUUGCGGCCCGGAAGCAGAGCGCUUCGCUGGCUUCUCUGCCGGUCCUUCUCCGGCGGCGGCGUUAGGUUGGCCCGUGAGCGCCCUACGGAUCACAGGGAUGCGGCGUCCAGCCGGGUCUCAAGAUUCUGCCCUCCAAGACAGUCUUGCCAUGAUUGGAUAGGGCCCCCAGACAAAUACUCAAACCUUCGUCCCGUUCAUUUUCACAUCCCUGAAAACGAGUCUCCCUUGGAGCAAAGACUUAGAGAAUUGAGACAAGAAACGCAAGAAUGGAAUCAGCAGUUCUGGGCCAAGCAGAACUUGUCCUUCAAUAAGGAAAAAGAAGAAUUCAUUUACUCAAGACUACAAGCUAAAGGCUCAGGCCUGCGGACCGAGUCAGGUUAGUACGUCUGUGCUGUUACUGGUUUAGAAAAA